UAUUCGCCGACGGUUCCGACUGGACACUACCACCAGUUUCAACAGCAUAUACUCUCAUCUCGUCCUGAUCGAGGGCAGGAUCUUCUCUACAAGAGGCCUAACGCUCCGAGUGAAUGAUUCCCGUUGAGAAUGGUCGUGCAAGAGAAGGAGGCGUAGUCGGAAGUUGAGUACACACUAAUUCAGGGCGCAUAAAUAUGACUGAUCCGAUCAACAAUAUGUGCCGUCAACUAUCUCGUCAGUUGUCCCACGAUAUGUUUGUGCUGUCCUCACGUACCAGCACGUACCUCCAUCAUGCAGGGUAAGAGAUCACAAAGCUAGAGGCAUCUGGGCAGAUAUCUCGUACCGUGGGGGUAAAAUAUCUCCUCCUGUCAUCAUAUAUCCGGUAGCUCCGUGGCGAAUUGGGGUUAUAAGUUCCGAUGCCCAGCUCCGUCGAUCUAUUUCACAAUAUCUGUCCUACGCGAGGGUGCCUAGCCAAAGUGACCCUUGAAAACAGUCUCAGGAAGAAGAUGGGACCUGGAGGAACAUAUGCCUACCUCACAUCACCAGAUCAUAUUGUAAGAGCCGACAUCGAAUAUGUCGAUAAGAGCAUCAAGAUGAAAUUACCCCAGGUUCUCUGAAAGCGAGUCAGACAUUUUCACUGCAACAUCGGUCUUUACCUCCUACCUUUACCAAAUGGACAGAGAA